AUGGCGAACAGUUCAAAUGAAGAAAAUGAAAUAGAUUAUGAAGGGGAUGAAGUAUGUCACAAGGAAUACGUGGCCCAAGUUGGAUCCAUUGCAGUUCCAUUGUUCUUUUCUCUCGUGGUCCUGCUCAGUCUGGUGGGUAACGUUCUGGUUCUUGUGAUCCUGGCACUCUACGAAUCUCUCAAAUCCUUGACCAACAUCUUCAUCCUCAACUUAGCUGUAUCUGACCUGAUCUUCACUGCUGGACUUCCAUUCUGGUCCUUUCAGUUUAUCUGGGGCUGGACGUUUGGUAAAAUAAUGUGCAAUGGUGUGAGUUUUGUCUUCUCUGCUGGAUUUUAUAGCAGCACUGUGUUCCUGAUGGUGAUGACCCUCCAGCGCUAUCUAGCAGUGGUCCAUCCUCUGUCUGACUGGGAGACGGGCUCAAGUCUAGCAGUUCUUCCCAUCCUUGCCUGGGUGAUCAGCAUUGGAGCAGCUCUACCAGCCUUAUUUCAAACCUCAGUCGUGCAAGACCAUGAUAACCAUAACAUAUCUUACUGUUUGUACAGCAGCAAUAAUGCCAUAAUUGCUGCAACGUAUCAACAGAACGUCUUCUUCGUGCUCGCCUUUUCACUUAUAGCUUUUUGCUACAUACGAAUUCUUCAGACUGUCCUAAACUCCAGAGCGAGAAAGAGACACAGGACUGUAAGACUCAUCUUCUGCAUUGUGAUGGUCUUCUUCAUUGGUUGGGCUCCUUAUAACAUUGUGAUAUUCCUGCAGACCCUGAAGUUUUACUUCAUUGCAGCUUUUACAGACUGUACCGUGUCUGAUAAUCUAGACUACGCCCUUUACGCCUGCAGACUGCUGGCUUUUUCCCACUGCUGCCUCAAUCCAGUGUUUUACGUUUUCGUUGGGGUAAAAUUCCGGAAUCACUUAAAGGUGAUUCUGCAACUUUUUCGUCCCCAAAUCAACACGGACCCCCAGCGAGUACGAGUUGCAACAGUUCAGGGUUCUAAGGGCUCCAUGUACUGAUACUGAGACCACUGUAGAAAGAAAUAUAGAACUGACAGACUCUGAGUGACCAAACCUGUAGGCAUUUUCAUUGAGUGAAUGGAAAAAAAAUAUUUUGUAUAUUUUUACACACAUAUAUUUUAUACUGUGAAUCUAAUCAAUCAAUAAGCUUGCUUUACUAAGGGAGUUAUAGUUUCUCCUGACAAGGAUCUCAGGUGUAUCUUACUGGUUACAGCAUAUAAGAGUGACGUGGGCAGGUAUCGAGGUGGGGGUGUUAUUAUAAAUGACUGGUCGUUAAUAAUUUAAUUUUAAAUUUUAGAGGUUACGAUCUGUCAUCACAGCAAACAAUGAAAAAGAUCUAUGGGAAAACCAUAUGUUUAGGGCAUUUGACCAAUGCUCUUAUCCGGGUAUGUACAUGUACACUCACUGACCAAACAAAAAGCACCAAGAAGAAGUGGUUGGAACCAAAUGAAACUUUAUAAUUAAACACAGAAGCUGAUAUGGGCUACUUUUAUUUAACUACACAUAUGGAAGUAGUGUGUAACGCAUGUGUAAUGCAACAUGCCGGACAUCUCUGUCUUCAUUACAGGCACUUUGACAACCAACAGUUCCAUUGGCCCAAUCUUUUCUGAACAACAGGAACAUUACUCGUCCACAUACUGCUAGAGUACCAACAGCUUGUCUUUAAGACACAAAUGCUAUGCCAUGGGCAGCUGCAUCGGCAGGCUUAUCUUUUCCUGAUUGAUGGUUGUAGGGUGUAGCAUGCUGUUGGGUGCACUAUUAACACUCCACCCCCACCAGAAAAUCUGAGGGAAUAUUGAAGCUGCAUGGGAUGGGUUAUCACAAACCAUCACUAAGAACUAUAACUAUAACUCAUCAAUACAUCAGGACAUCUAUAACUAAAUAUCUGGCAUGUUGGGUUACACCUGUUACACAUCUACUAUGCAUCAAUUCUGUAUGUGGACUGCCUGGAUAAAUAUGAAAAAGGUCAGUUGAUAGUUCUUCCAUUUGAACUAACACUUGCAUAAAACAUAACUGUCUCUGAGGUGCAUUAUUGUUUUGUCAGUAAGUGUAAAUUUUGUAAAACAGGUAGGUGAAGGUAAAGUAAUGAAUCUUAUCCAAGGACUGUUGGUGUGCAGGCAUUGCUGCACAGUAGAAUAGUGCACCAGGCACAGUGCACAGCAGAACUAGUGCAGCUAGUGACCUAAAAGCUAGAAAAGCAGUCUUAGCAUGCACAAAUUUAAUUUUAUGUUAUCAUAAUUCAGGCUACUUUUUCACAGGCUUUGACAUUGCGACUUUUUUUUACCAAUGCAGCUAAGUGUUUUUUUUUGUUAUGCCGCCAAAACAUGUGGCCUCGUCUCAUCUCGCCAGUUCAGUUAAAACAGUGUAAAUCUAAGCUUACUGUAAAUAAACAAAAGCCCUUUACUCACCCAAAUAAACUGUUUUCAGUAGAGAUAAGUGUGUAUAUAGAUUAAUAUCUAGGACUCGUUGGGACAACAACGUAUUUGUAACCACUCAUAUAUCAGUGUGAAUGCUGCAUUUAAAGAGGGGCUUCAUGCUCAAUGGAAGGCUUGAAUGAAUAAAGGCGAGAAAUUAUUUACCAAAACCGGCCACAUGCAAAGAGCAACUUUUGCUCAAGUCUGCAAUUGGAUCCUGACAGCUGCAUCAGCUGAUCAGCUACAGGAUAAAGAAGACAGCACCAGCUCAAAUGAUAAUUUUCACCUUUAUUCUCUUAAUAUUACAACUGCAAGCUUGACGACUUUAUUCUUGUGCCUUUUUUGGUAAGCUUUUGUACUUUUAACAGCCAUGUCAGGUCACUGUUCAGAAAAAAAACAUUUAUGGCAUGAAACACUAUUCGUGUGUAGCCUAUUUAAUUUAAAGUUUAAAAAGGUUGGCGCAAUCAAUUACUUUUCCUGGAAGGCUGUUUUAAAUAUCAGGCACUUUUUUCACUCUUUUUUGACUCUCUAUUUUCCAUGUUUUUACUGUUGCUUUGUGUUGUUUUCUCAAUUUUUUUUGUCUUUUUUUAGUUUUUGGUACAAAGUAAAAAAAAAAACAAAAAAACAAAAAAAACAAAAGCAACCUUGGGACAAAAAGGUCAUGAGUUUUCCCCUGGACUGGGAGGAAGUGGGGGCACAGCUCUUUCCCAAUUCACUUACUUGAACCUUCAUGUGUGAAAUACCUUUAAUCUAAUGUUUGCUGGCUGCUGCCCAUUUCUCUGGGUGUGAUUGUGUUCACUUCUGCAAAAUAUAAAAAAUAUGUUCUGUGUAUCGUUACACCUAUGUAGCUUGUUUGUAAGAAAGAAAGAUGGACAAGACCAUUAAAAAUGUAGUAAAUGUCUUUUUGUAAUUCUUUUUUUAUACAUUUUAUACAUUUUUAUAUGUGAAAAUGAUUGUACAGAAUAUUCUAAAUAAUAAAAUGAAUUAUGGGA